GGACCUUAGGCAAAUCUGACUGAGAGAAAAGAUGCAUGCCUUCCAGCUCUUCUGCCUUGUUUUCUGGUGCCUCUGCGCGGUGGCCUGGGCUUCCAACCGGGAACCUUGCCGAUCACCGUCUAAAGUCAGCGGCAUGCUUCAUGUGAGUUCCACCAAGGAUGACACUGUCGUCUGGGGGGAUUUCAACUAUGAUUCCACUCACAAGAAGCUUCGGUUUGUUGAGGAGAGCAGCCAUUCGAACAAAAGCAUCGAUGUGCUCAUACACUUUGGAGAGGGCGUGAUGUACGAGUUGGACACCAAGAACGAAAGCUGUAAGAAGCAGUCGCUGAAGUCCCACGAGCACCCGAUCGAGCUCCCGGGCGACGUGACUCACGUGAAGGAGGUGUACUUGGGCAGUACAGAAAAGUCCGAACAGGGUCUUCGGCUGCGCAUGUGGACCGGGAAAGUGGUCGAACAUCACGCCCACUACACGUUCAUGACUACUUCCUGUGGAUGCCUGACUGUUUCCUGUGCCUACCACAGUGAGAAGAAUGACCUGAUCUUCAGUUUCUUUAAUGUGGAGACAGAAGUGGAAGACCCACAAGUCUUCAGUCCUCCAGACUACUGCGAUAAUGUGUCACUGGAGAAAGUGUCGGAUGAUCACAGCUUUUUUGACCUGUUCCAUGACUGAAGAGAAUAAAACCACACAAACCAACAAACAGAGCAUGGUGGCGUGACGGCAUGACCCGAAUAAAAGAAUCUUCAUUGUUUCACUGUAUCCACUUAUCAUCUUCUUUAUGAGUAAAUCUGACUGUCUGUAGUUCUGUCUCUCUUUCAUAAUCAUGUUUUUAUUUUGCUCUGAGUAACAGAGCUGGUUUGUCCUUCUGAUGCUGUUAAUCUUUUUCUCUUUAUAAAGUCAAUAAAUGCUGAAUAAUUCAUACUGAAA